AUGGACCACAAAGCACCUGGUGGCGUGGGAAGCUUAGAUGAACUGGGUGGCUUAAACAGUUUGGGCGGAUCCAUUGCUCUUAGAAACUUGGAGUUCCUCCAACCGGCACCGGAGAAAUUUCACCUGAGGGAAAAGCCACGUCUCCGUUCCUUGGUGUUGCAGUGGUCGAGGGGGCAGCAAGUUGACAAAAGUGAGAGGGAUGAAUCGAUCUUGUGGGACAACCUCUGGCCGCACCCAAAUCUGACCAGUUUGAGGAUAGACUCAUGUAUGAGCAGGAGUCCGCCAAGCUGGCUUUCGUCCAUCAAGAAUGUUGUUGAGCUGGAACUCGGUCGCUGUGGAAAAUGGAAGUACCUACCACCCCUGGGCGAACUCUCUUCCCUAAGGAGGUUGACUCUCAAGGCAUUGGAUACCUUGGUGUUUGUUCAAGAAAUAAGCGACCAGGAACAAUCUAGUACCGAACGCCCCUUCUUCCCAUCUCUGGAGGUACUGAAGCUCCUCGACUGUCUGAACCUGAAAAGCUGGUGGGGAAGAAGGCAACAAGGGGGAGCAGAUCAAGAUCAUUGGCAGUACGAUUCGCAUUCAACAUUCCCAAAACUUUCGGUCGUGGAAAUAUCAUUUUGUUACGAACUGAAUUCCCUGCCACUAUUCCCUCAGAUAAAAACCUUGAGUAUUUUUUCUGGAGUUUGCGUGAAGUUGUUGGAACAACAAGUGAUGGCCCUUCCAAGUUAUCUAUCAGAAGAAGCAGUAUCCGCAGACAACCCGUUCUCUAAAUUAGAGCAUCUAGAGCUUGAUGAUGUGGUGGAUCUACAGGACUCGAUGCUCGAGACUCUACUUCCACUCCUUGGAAAUCUCAGGUCCAUGAGACUCUCGCAUUGCCACAACCUAAGGAGUCUCUCUCAUGGUAUGCAGUACUUGUCCUCGCUCUCGAGCCUUAAAGUGGAAGAAUGUGACGAACUCGAUUUGUCGAGCAACGACAAUGAGCAUGGCAGCCAAUGGCAUUCCCUCUCGAAACUCCGUGAUCUUAGAAUCUUACUGCUUCCAAAACUAGUGGCACUACCCGAAGGGAUUCAACAUGUCAUCACGUUGCAAUCUCUUAAGCUUAUACGCUGUGAGAAUCUGACAAGUUUGCCAGAAUGGAUCGGCAAUUUCUCUUCGCUCCAAGAGCUUGAUGUUAGUUACUCCUCAACUUUAACGUGCUUGCCUAAUGGGAUGCGCCGCCUCAACUCCUUGAAGAAGUUGACAAUCGUUGGGUGUCCUGUUCUGCAAGAGGGGUGCCAAAGAGAAAACGGUGCAGAUUGGGAAAAGAUUGCGCAUCUUCCAUGCUCCAUCAGAAGUACAUAUUGA